AGUGCUCUGCCGAAGUACGAAGCAACAAUCUCAAUCAUCAACAUGUACAAGAUCGUCGCUCUGUUUGCCCUGGUGGCUUGCGUCGCGGCUGCACCCGGCUACCUGUCGCCCGCCCUCCACGCGGCGCCGGUUGUCGCGGCUCCGGUAGCGGUCGCCCAUACCCUCCCGGUCGCCACCAGCUACGCCAACACCUACAAGGUGUCUGUGAAGAGCCCGCUCGUGGCCACUGCUCCGCUCGCCUACACCGCGCCGAUCCUGAAGACUGCCCCAGUCGUCGCCGCCGCACCGGUCGUCGCCGCCCCCGCCGUCGUCGCUCACGCCGCACCGCUCGCCUACGCCGCCGCCCAUCACCCCGUCGUCGCUCUUCAUUAAGGGAGAAUCGCUAAUUAACCACCUUUCGCGCUCAUCCCUCAAGACACCUGUAUAUCU